AUGUCUGAUUCUGAUAUACGCGCUGUGGUGGCCAUUGAUUUUGGAACCACUUUUAGUGGUUUCGCCUUUGCUCAUAAGGCGAAUUCUGAGAUAGAGACGAAUAAUAGAUGGAUCGGACGUGAAGGAUUACCCAAAACCAAUACUGCUCUUCGUUACGACUCGAAUUUUGUAGUGACCGCAUGGGGUGAACCUGCGCUUGUCGAUGGACCAGAAAAGAAAAAGAAAUCUAAAGAUGCCAACCAAAUCUAUACCGUAGAAAUGUUCAAAUUGCAUCUCACCGAAAUGUCAAAAAAAGCAAAACCUCCGUUACCACCAAACAUGUCAUUCAAAAGACCGAUCAGCGAUUAUUUGCUUGAGAUGGACAAGCUGAUUCAAGAAACGAUCGAGAAAACUUGGCCUGGUAUAAGGAAAGAGCAAGUUUUGUAUGUAAUGACAAUACCGGCUGAAUGGCGCGAAUAUACUAAGGGUAUUAUGCGAGAAUGUGCUCAUGAAGCUGGAAUUAUUAGUUCCGUUGAAUCAACGAACUUGGAAUUCACGAGUGAACCUGAAGCUGCAGCAAUGCAUUGCUUAAAAGUGAUCGAAGAGCAUAAUUUAAAACCGGGAGAUUCAUUCCUUGUUGUUGAUUGUGGCGGAGGCACCGUUGAUUUAACAACCAGAAGACUCCGCGGUGAUGGCUCACUAGACGAGAUAACUGAGCGAACUGGAGAUUUAUGCGGCUCGACGUUUGUUGACCGCGAAUUCUUAAAAUGGCUCGGUAGGAAAUUAGGUGAAUCAGCGAUGGAAAAUGUGAAAAACAAUCACUAUGGAAACCUUCAAUACCUCAUCCAGAAGUUCUUUUGCCCACGCGUCAAAUUCCUAUUUGACGGUGAUCCAUUAAAUUUCAAAAACCAAGAUGUCGACAUCGAACAUUGGUGUCCGGCCUUCUUGAAAUACGUCACGGGGGAUGCUCGAGAACAAAUGGAAGAGGAGGAUUGGUUGAUCGAGCUUGAUUUCAACGCGGUGAAGGAAAUGUUUGAUCCAGUCGUGAAAAAAGUUUUGAAAUUGAUUACGGACCAACUGAAAGCUGCAGCGGAUGUUCAGCGUCCUUCGGCCAUGUUUCUAGUCGGUGGGUUCUCAGAGUCUAAGUAUCUCCGAAAAAGGAUUAGGGAAGAGUUUCUGAAUCAGGUUCCGAUUAUUGCUGAGCCGCGUCAGCCGAUGGCCGCUGUUGUUAAAGGCGCUGUUGCUUAUGGUCUGAAAAUGGAGACAGUCAAUACUAGAGUAUUGAAAUGGAGUUAUGGCAUCGAGAUAUUAGGAAAAUGGCAACCAGGCGUUGAUCCGAAAAAACGCCGAACUCAAGAUGGUCGUAUUUAUAGAUUUAAUCGGUUAGCCGAAAGACGAAAACCAGUUGAAGUCAAUAAAGAAUUUACCGGCGAGUUUAAACCCGUGUAUCCGAAUCAGACAUCAGUCAUUUUCAAAGUAUUCUACACGAAAAGAAAUUGGGUGCGAUUUUGUGACGAUCCAGGCGUCAGAUUUCUGGAUUUACCUGAUGUGCAUCUAGGUAUCAAUCGACCAAUUGAAUUUGGACUGACCUUCGGUAAAAUGGAAUUAAAAGCGACUGCCCGUAAUAAAACUACCGGCCAAAUUUAUCAGACGUCAUGGAGAUUACGUAAUUUUGCGGCAUGA